CCCACAGAUACCAGCAAGCUUGUGCAAGACGAAAAUCAGUUCAAAACUGCUAGCACUCCCAGCCCCGUUUGCAACCCACCAACGCAUCCACCUCCCCGCAGUCAGAGCCACGGAGGUUGCCUCGCUCCUGCCUGUACUUUUGCAGAGAGAUGAGUCUGCUCCUGAAGGUUUUCAUCCCCUUGCUGGGACUGGCGCUGGCCCUUUAUUUUUAUUCAGCACCCAAGAAUUUCAGUGAAGAGAUGCUGCGGGGGAAGCGGGUGAUUGUGACAGGAGCCAGCAGCGGCAUCGGGGAGCAGAUGGCGUAUCACCUGGCGCGCAUGGAGGCCCACCUACUGCUCACGGCACGGACGGAGGCCAAGCUGCAGAAAGUUGUGGAGCGGUGCCUCGAGCUGGGUGCUGCAUCCGCCCGCUACGUCAGCGGCUCUAUGGAGGAUACCACGUUCCCCGAGGUGGUGGUGAGGGAGGCUGAGAACACCUGGGGAGGCCUAGACAUGCUGAUUCUUAAUCACAUCGGCACGUCGUACUUCAGUUAUUUCAAUGGUGAUGUUGGUCACGUGCGAAAGCUCCUGGAGAUCAACUUCCUCAGCUAUGUGGCGAUGACCACGUCUGCCCUGCCCAUGCUGAAGGAGAGCGAGGGCAGCAUCGUAGUGGUUUCAUCCAUGGCAGGUAAAGCCAGUGGCCCAUUUACAGCUCCCUAUGCUGCAACUAAGUUUGCCUUAGACGGAUUUUUCAGCUCCUUGCGACAUGAAUUCAUCAUAGACAAGGUCAAUGUCUCCAUCACACUCUGCAUCCUGGGCUACAUCGACACCGAGAACGCCGUGCGAGUGGUCUCGCACGCCAUCCGGGUCACACCGGCACCAAAGGAGGAGUGCGCGCUGGAGAUCAUCAAGAGCGGGGCGCUGCGCCAGCGGGAGCUGCACUACCCGUCCUGGGCGGUGCGCAGCGUGCUCCUCCUCCGGGACGUAGCCCCCGACUUCCUCGACUCCCUCAUCAGGAGCAACUAUAAGGUGGAAAACAUCAGAAGAACAUAGCGCCCGGGGCAGCAAGCAUACCAGGACACCUUGGGCCAGGCACGAGGGAUUUGGGUGUUAAUCCGGCUACUCGGGUGCCCUUUUCCACGCCACCGGGCAGCCCCACGCUGACGCACCCUGGCAACCCAAGACGGGAUGCCCCAGAAGCCUGUAACACACAGCAUGAAAAUGUCCUUUUUAGUAAUGAACUCUUGCAACCGGCUUUUUUCCCCCCAACCAAGAGGUACUUCAGAGAAGCUCCUGGCACCGGGAUCUGCUGCCAGUGUCCUGCUCAGCAGCAGGUUCCUUGCUCAGCCUCCAGAAACUGCUCCCCCAUCCAAAAGCCACAAAGGCAGCCAAGCCGAGCGCUGCUGGACGCGAGCCGAGCUGUGGCCCGGGAUGAGAAUUUGGGCCAAGCAGCACAAACCACCCAAAGCCACGAGAGGGCCUUCGAACCAGGAAAUUUUUUCGUCAUGUAUCCCUUCUAGACUGGUCUGCGUAAAAAUAAAUCCUACGUUACUUUACAAGA